GCUGCGCAAAAAUCGAAAUGACACGUCGCGGAAAAUUCGUAGUGAAUAAGGUAAGCAAUGCUAGAAUACAUUUCAUUAGGGACACACCGGCACCACAGAGCACGGCGCCGCAACACUGCCACAAUGUGAGCAGCAGCACACCUGCGCAAGUGGGUUGCGGACGGCCAGCUCCGCCACCCACGCUCACACUCACACAGAAGCUCGAAUUCGUAUUGACGCUGGUUAAUCGGUUGCUAAUCGGCUUCGUAACAGUUUACUUGUGUUGGAUGAGUCUGCGUUUGGAUAGCAAGGAUAUUCCAUGGCAUGCGGUGUUUUGUACACUAGGUUUUCUCUGCUUGAUGUCCGAAGGUCUAAUGGCCUACUAUCGUGGCAACGCUUGUACGCAGGUGUGUCAACGGUCGGAGAAGGCACGCUUGCAUUGGGUGUUACAGUUGUGCGGCUCCAUAAUCGGUCUCAUUGGCAUUGUGAUUAAAAUGUGUUUGGAGGAGGUCCACUUUCACACGCGUCACGGCAUCAUAGGUCUGGCUACCAUGGUUAUUUUGUUUAUCAGCUUGUUAAGCGGUCUCAGCUCUCUUUACGCCGCCGAACUGAAGGGACGCCUACAACCACGCUUUAAUAAAACAUUGCACAAUAUUAUUGGCUUAAUUACGUUUACAUUGGCUAUGUUGAGCAUGUAUUACUCGUUCGAGACGCAACUAUUUAACGAUUACUCGUUAGACGCAUCAACUUAUAUGGACUUUCGUUUGCUCUUGGAGAUUACCACAAUUAUUAUAUUUGUGUUGACCGCUUAUGGCCCUAUGUGGUGCUUGUUUUAUAGUCGUUUGUGAAG